AGACACUCUUGCCUCUCACUCCAAACUUCCCACUUUCUCUCUCUUGUUCUUCAUCAAUCCGAUUCAUCUCCCCCCAAUCCGUUCCCAAAAUGCGUGAGAUUCUUCAUGUUCAAGGAGGCCAAUGCGGCAACCAAAUCGGUGCUAAGUUCUGGGAAGUUGUUUGCGCUGAACACGGAAUUGACAACACUGGACGUUACCAAGGUGAUUCAGAACUACAGCUUGAGAGAAUCAAUGUCUACUAUAACGAAGCGAGUUGUGGAAGGUAUGUUCCUAGGGCUGUUCUUAUGGAUCUUGAACCUGGUACUAUGGAUAGUAUCAGAUCUGGACCUUAUGGUCAGAUCUUUCGUCCGGAUAACUUUGUUUUUGGACAAUCCGGUGCUGGUAAUAACUGGGCUAAAGGACAUUAUACUGAAGGAGCGGAGUUGAUUGAUUCUGUUCUUGAUGUUAUUCGUAAGGAAGCGGAGAAUUGUGAUUGUCUUCAAGGUUUUCAGGUUUGUCAUUCGUUGGGAGGUGGAACUGGAUCUGGUAUGGGAACUCUGUUGAUAUCGAAAGUGAGAGAGGAAUACCCAGAUCGGAUGAUGCUUACUUUCUCAGUUUUUCCUUCACCGAAGGUUUCUGAUACUGUGGUUGAGCCUUAUAAUGCGACUUUAUCUGUUCAUCAAUUGGUUGAAAAUGCUGAUGAGUGUAUGGUUCUUGAUAAUGAAGCUCUGUAUGAUAUCUGCUUCCGCACUCUCAAACUCACUACUCCUAGCUUUGGAGAUCUGAAUCAUUUGAUCUCUGCAACAAUGUCUGGAGUCACUUGCUGCCUUCGAUUCCCUGGACAGUUGAACUCUGAUUUGCGUAAACUAGCUGUGAAUCUGAUCCCAUUCCCUCGUCUUCAUUUCUUCAUGGUGGGUUUUGCUCCUCUAACCUCUAGAGGUUCUCAGCAGUACAGAGCUCUAACUGUCCCAGAACUGACUCAACAAAUGUGGGAUUCGAAGAACAUGAUGUGUGCUGCUGAUCCCCGUCACGGGCGAUACCUAACUGCUUCCGCUAUGUUCAGAGGUAAGAUGAGUACUAAAGAGGUGGAUGAACAGGUGUUGAAUGUCCAGAACAAGAACUCAUCUUACUUUGUUGAGUGGAUUCCAAACAAUGUGAAAUCGACUGUUUGUGACAUUCCACCAACUGGGUUGAAGAUGGCUUCGACUUUCAUUGGGAACUCGACCUCUAUUCAGGAGAUGUUUAGAAGGGUGAGUGAACAAUUCACUGCUAUGUUCAGGAGAAAGGCGUUUUUGCAUUGGUACACUGGUGAAGGUAUGGAUGAGAUGGAGUUCACUGAAGCUGAGAGUAACAUGAAUGAUCUUGUUUCUGAGUAUCAGCAAUACCAGGAUGCAACUGCUGAUGAAGAAGGUGAAUAUGAAGAUGAGGAGGAAAGAGAGUAUGAUGAGUAAGUGAUCAAGAUUGGAAUGGGAAUGGAAUGGAAUGAAACUGUUUUAUUAUUAACUUGGUUCAUCUUCUUCUUCUUCUUAUGGGUUUGCUUUUGGGAUUUGUAUUUGCACAUUUGAUGAUUUGAAUUGGGUAUUAGUUGUAGUAGUAAGUAAAAGUACCCUUUGUUCGAUCUUGAUCUUUUCUCGACUGUGAUGAAUGAUUUUACUUUGUUUCUUUUAUGUUUAGAUCGACAAAAACUCAUGUUGGUUGGUUGUUCUAUUAUGAUGAAUGAAAUGGAGGCUUCAUUUUACCUUUUA